GGACGAGGGGAAAAAAAGCAGGAAGCUAGCUGUGCCUGGUGGAUAAGUUUUCAAAGGCACAGCUAAUAUUUGGCUCUGAGGAGCUCUCUCUCUCUCUCUAUAUAUAUAGGUUCCUUCCAAGUUCUAAUGCACACCUUGUCCCGCAAAUCUAGGCAAAGUUGCACAAUAAGAUGGCUAGCCUUGCAGUUUUCCAGCGUUUGUUAGUCUCUCUGUGCCUUCUGUACAUCGCCUUCAGUACUUAUGCUGAUAAUCAGGGUGACAACCUUCACAGAUUGAUCAUGUCAAGGUGGUCAACAAACCCGCCUCUUGCGGUUUCUUGGGCGAAGCUAGAUGCAACAGAGGAGCAUUUGCCCAUGUUUGUCGAACCGCAAGAUGGGUUGAUGGAAGCCAAUAAGAUUGAUAAAUUGCCGGGGCAACCACAUGGGGUGGAUUUUCGCCAAUUCUCUGGCUAUGUCAAAGUUGAUCCAGAGGCUGGAAAAGAACUCUUCUAUUAUUUUGUUGAGUCCCCAAAGAACUCUUCCACUAAUCCUUUGGUCCUUUGGCUCAAUGGAGGACCAGGAUGUUCUUCUUUCGGUUAUGGAGCCAUGAUGGAACUAGGACCUUUCAGAGUCAACAGCGACAACAAAACACUUAUCAGAAACAAAUAUUCAUGGAACAAUGUGGCCAAUGUGCUCUUCUUGGAAUCUCCGGCUGGUGUGGGAUUUUCAUACUCAAACACAACCUCUAAUUACAACCAAACGGGCGAUACAAGCACUGCAAAAGAUGCCUAUACUUUUCUCAUCAACUGGCUGGAGAGGUUCCCACAAUACAAAACCCGAGGCUUCUUCAUAGUGGGGGAGAGCUAUGCCGGUCACUAUGUGCCUCAGCUUGCACACACCAUUCUUCUCAACAACAAGAACAAAAACAAAACCAUCAUCAACCUCAAAGGCAUAGCUAUAGGGAAUGCGUGGAUUGACGAUGCUACAAAUAUUAUGGGGCUAUUUGAUUAUUUAUGGACUCAUGCCAUGAACUCUGAUGAAACCAACAAAGGCGUCCAUUCUCAUUGUUACUCUGUAAAUGGAACUUCCACUCCCCAGUGUGAGUCGUUUCUGGUAAAAGCCAUACUUGAAACUGGCGAUAUUGAUUUAUACAACAUUUAUGCCCCAAUCUGCCUCAACCCUUCACACAAAAAUGGAUCAACGGGUUCUGUUCACAAUUUCGAUCCCUGCUCGGAGCACUACAUCAACUCAUAUUUGAAUAACCCAGAGGUUCAAACAGCUCUGCAUGCGAAUCCAACGACUUGGAGGGCUUGUAGAAAUUUUAACUGGACUGACAGCCCAAGUACCAUCCUACCCAUCAUCAAGGAUCUAAUGAAAAGUGGCAUAAGGUUAUGGAUAUACAGUGGGGAUAUAGAUGGUCGGGUGCCGAUUACUUCAUCCAGGUACUCCAUAAACAGCCUCAAGCUCCCUGUCCUCUCUGCUUGGCGUCCAUGGUACACCAACAAUGAGGUGGGAGGAUAUGUGGUGCAAUACAAAGGAAUGACAUUGGCUACGGUAAGAGGAGCUGGACACACUGUUCCAACCUACCAACCAGAGAGAGCAUUGAUCAUGAUCUCAUCAUUCCUUCAAGGAUAUCUUCCUCCUUCCUCUCCAUGACUUGAAAAGUGAUUGAAUGGCUGAGCCCUUUAUGUAACUAUGCACCUACUAUUUGGGCUCUUCCCAUGUAAUUGUGGCUCUCACUCUUUUUACUUGGCAAGUAUUUGGACGCCGAAAGACAACCACGUUGAGGAGUUGGUCCAUUUUGUAAUUUGUCCCAUGACAGUCCUAUCCAGACAUGCGUCCAAUAUAUGCAGUGUGUGUGAUUCUGAUGUUUAAACCAAGUAAGAUUUGAAGAACAAA